GAAAACAUUUGCGCAUGCCACAGUACCGCACUGCCCACUACUUCGGUUUCUCGUUAUUUAUACUGUACUACUACGUAUCCUCGUCAUUUUCUCAGUCUUCGCCCAUCAUCCAUACAUUGAAACCUCGAUUUCUCCGAUAGCAAACCUGCUCCGAGUCUUUGUCGUGGAAAGAUUGACUUGAAACCAUGGCUGUGAAAAAGAGCGUGGGAUCCCUGAAGGAGGCAGAUCUGAAGGGAAAGAGAGUCUUCGUCAGGGUGGAUCUCAACGUUCCGUUGGACGACAACUUGAAAAUCACCGAUGACACCAGAGUCCGCGCCGCCGUCCCCACCAUCAAUUAUCUCAGGGAGCAUGGCGCCCGUGUCAUCCUUUCUUCCCAUCUCGGUCGUCCAAAAGGGGUCACACCAAAGUACAGCUUGAAGUCUCUUGUACCUAGGUUGUCUGAACUUCUUGGUAUUGAGGUAAAGAUGGCAAAUGAUUGCAUUGGUGAGGAAGUGGAGAAAUUGGUUGCUCAAAUCCCAGAAGGGGGCGUUUUGCUUCUCGAAAAUGUGAGAUUCUACAAAGAGGAAGAGAAGAACGAUCCUGAAUUCGCAAAGAAGCUCGCCUCCCUUGCAGAUUUGUAUGUUAAUGACGCAUUUGGAACUGCACAUAGAGCUCAUGCCUCCACAGAGGGAGUAGCCAAAUUCUUGAAACCAGCAGUAGCUGGAUUCCUUAUGCAGAAGGAGCUUGACUAUUUAGUUGGAGCUGUCACUAGUCCAAAGAAGCCCUUUGCUGCAAUUGUUGGUGGGGCAAAAGUUUCCUCUAAAAUUGCUGUGAUUGAGUCACUGUUGGACAAGGUUGACUUGCUAUUGUUGGGUGGAGGGAUGAUUUUUACCUUCUACAAGGCUCAAGGAUACAAAGUUGGGUCCUCGCUGGUGGAGGAGGACAAGCUUGAACUAGCUACAGCCCUCUUUGAGAAAGCCAAGACUAAGGGUGUGUCAUUGUUGCUUCCUACUGAUGUUGUGGUUGCUGACAAGUUUUCUGCUGAUGCUAACAGCAAGGUGGUUAGCGCUUCUGAAAUACCAGAUGCGUGGAUGGGGUUAGAUAUUGGACCUGACACAAUCAAGUCAUUUGGCGAAGCUUUGGAUUCCACCCAAACAGUAAUAUGGAAUGGUCCUAUGGGUGUGUUUGAGUUUGACAAGUUUGCUGCUGGAACUGAGGCCAUAGCGAAGAAAUUGGCGGAACUGAGUACAAAGGGUGUGACAACAAUCAUAGGAGGUGGAGACUCUGUUGCUGCAGUGGAGAAGGUUGGGCUUGCAGAAAAGAUGAGCCAUAUUUCAACUGGAGGCGGUGCCAGCCUGGAGCUACUCGAGGGAAAGAUGCUCCCUGGUGUUCUUGCCCUCAAUGAUGCUUAAGAAACAUCACUAAAUCCUUUUAUAUCUAUUUGUUUUUUCGUCGUUUUUUCUCUCUGAAGAGUUUAUGUGCGGGUGUUUGUUGUCUGGGGUGGUAGUGCUACUAAUACCAGAGCAAUGAGUCGGAUUAGGCUCGAGGAGGGAGCGACAGAGCUCUCAGUAAAGAUGCUUCAUUGUUUUAUGUUUUGAAUAAGUUUGUUCCUGUUGGGGGCAUCCUUUUUUGCCGAGAUGAAAACUCUCACAGACUCGCACACAUACUGCUGCCUGCUAAUUUCACACUUGUAGCUUUCUUGCAUCUCUUACUUUGAAAUUCACAAAUAGUACAUAUUGUGUUAUAGAAGGGAGGAAAACUAACAGAGAUUUAGAGAGUUUAUUGCUUAUAACUCGUUCUUGAAAGACACUGUUUUUCCUAAAUUUAUUUAGGAAGUAAUUCUUUUUCAGAAAAAAUAAAAUUACUAGUCCAUCACUCAAUUGCA